CCACGUCGUCGUCUGUAAUUAGGUUCUUCAUAAGGAGCAGAAUUAAAAAUAUCACUGAGUAAAUUGUCUGUCUGCCCAUAUUGUAGCGGAAACGCUUCAGUCACCUUCGCCAGUGAAGGUUGGUCCGCUCUCUGUCAGCAGAGGAGGGAGGGUCAACAUGGCGUCCGAGGAGGAGAGCUCCAAUGGCCCCGUGAAGAGGUCCAUGCGUGAGAAGGCCAUAGAGAGGCGCAACAUCAACAAGGAGCACAACAGCAACUUCAAAGCGGGCUAUGUACCCAUAGAAGAAGAACGUCUUCAUAAGACCGGGCUGAGAGGACGCAAGGGAAACAUGGCUGUUUGCAUCAUAGUGCUCCUCUUCCUGCUGGCCUUAAUUAAUCUCAUUAUCACACUGGUAAUAUGGACGGUGAUCCGAAUCGGCCCGAACGGCUGCGACAGCAUGGAGUUCCACGAGAGCGGCCUGCUGCGCUUCAAACAGAAGGCCGACAUGGGAAUUGUUCAUCCUCUGCACAAAAGCACGGUCGGCGGCCGCAAAGACCAGGACCUGGUCAUCGUGGGCAACAACAACCCGGUUGUGUUCCAGCAAGGCAACACGAAGCUGAGCGUGGAAAAGGACAAGACCUCAGUCGUCAGCGACGCCGGCAUAUCCUUCACAGACCCUCGGACGCAGACAACUUUCUUCAGCACAGACUUUGAAAACCACGAGUUCCACCUGCCCAAAGGAGUCAAAGUCCUCAGUGUUAAAAAGGCAUCCACUGAAAGGAUCACCAGCAGCGCAUCAUCUGACCUGAACAUCAAGGGAGACACUAAGGCCAUCAUUCGCGGUAAUGAGGGAGUGAACAUCAUGGGCCGCACUGUGGAGUUUAAAAUGGGUGGAGACAUUGAGCUCAGAGCUGAGAACAGCAUCGUCCUCAAUGGCUCAGUGAUGUUCAACACCACACGCAUUCCCAGCUCCACAGACCUGACAUUCAACGACGGCCUGGAGAGGUACAAGCUCUGCAUGUGCGAAGAUCGGACUCUGUUCCGCGUACUGGUGAAGUUUCCCAACAUGGGCUGCCAGAUCUCAGACAACCCGUGUGGGAAAGCUCACUAGCGCCGCCGUUCCAUCCGUCUGCAGUCGGUGGACUGUGAAAUCAGACAAACCUCUUCCAAACCUGCACAUUUUGGACCGAGUUCAGUUCAAAUUUGAGUUUAACUUGGCGGUUAAGGUGAGCCGUUUCUGUGAGUGCCAAAUUUACAUUUUAUUACAAAUCUACCCAAAGAUAUUACGGGAGUUUGUAAAAAAAAAAAACAAAAAAAAAACACAUUGUUUUUUAUAAUAUUCGUCAGCCUGUAUCCUAAAUUCAGAAAACUAUUGUAAACAUUAAGUUGUUCUGCAGUUUACGCCGCAUGUUUGUAGCAGUCGUAAGCUGCUGUAUUUAUUUCCUGCUUCUCCAUCACCUCACAUCUGUUCACAAAAGGGUUUGUGUAAAAGUGACUUAAAAAAAUGCAGAGAGACAAGUGUGUUUACUAAAAAAACUGACUUCAUCGAGACACUACAUGAUAGUUAACUUAGAAAUAUGCAGAACUCAAACAGAACGUCUUUCUGCACACGUUGAACUGUUUAUCAUGCACGUGCCAACGGACUUAAAGGGAUGAAAUGUUAUUUAUAUUUUACCUAUAUAGUGAGGCUUUUCUAAUGCUAAUAGGAAGGAGUGUACGAGUUGUGUUAACAGAGCAGCGCCUUGCGAAAGUAUUCACACCUAUUGAGCUUUUCACAUUUAUAGUAUAUCGAUUCCCGUCCGAUUCACAAUUACGCUCUACUUUUUCUCAAGAUAAAUGAAUAAAAUAAAAAAUAAAAAACAACUAAACAAUAAAUUACAUUGGAAUUUGUUGUUGGCCGUGUCGUGUGGAAAGUUUGGUGGGUGGGAAUACUUUUGCGAGGUAAAUGCUAAUCUUUUUACGAGGCAAUGGUGCCGAAAGUGGACGCCGUUUAGAGUGGUUUGAAUUUUGUGCAAUACAAUAUAAAAAGUUUUUGACUGUUGCUUUGGGUUGUGUGUGGCCUGUUGUGUAACAAUGUUGGAGCGGACUUGAUGCCUUUGGUGAGAAAAGUUUUGUUUUUCCAUCACUUCAACGUGACGACAUGGAUACGUUUAAAAUGAAAUAAAUAAAUAAAAUAAAAAAAUCCAA